CGGAAGUCAAAGGCAUGACUGUUUCCUUGGCAACCAUCGAGUCCCUGGCAACCGCGGGAGGUAACAGGCGGAAUAAUGACAAAUGUCAUCGAUGGCGAAAAAUCGCUUUGGGAACAAGUCUGUGACGAGUAUGAAGCUGAGCAGCCCUGUCCUCCCUGUGCUGUGUGGACAGACACCAGCUCAGUGAGCAGCCAGCUCUCCCAGUACAGCACCAUCACAAACUCUCCGGUCCUAUAUGGACUCACCACAACCAAGGUAUCGGUGGAUCACGACCCUCUGAUAGACUUUGACCCUGCUGUGCUAGAAAAACUUCAGAAGGACCUGACAUUAGCAGACACUGCAUCACCUCCACAAGUACCUGAACGUGCUGUCACACAAUUUUUGCAGAGGAGACUGUUUCCAGUGUUGAUACCUGCACUGGAAGCUUUGCUGAAAGAAGCCCAGAAACACGGCUGCUUUGAGAGGAAAAUAACAGCAUUUAACCCGUGCGACUUUCUGUGUGAAUGGCUCUACAACCACAACCCCCACAGGCAAGGACAAGUCCCAGUGAACUUCCAUGACAUCCACUUUGUAAAAGACUGGCUGAGCAUGCAUCCCAGGCCUCCCCUCCCUCUGUUUCUCCUGCUGAGCGAAGAUCAGGCUGCUCUGCUCAUCCAGGCUUUCUGGAGGGGAUACAAGAUCCGGGGACGCCCAGAUGUGCAGGAGCUGCGCCAGUGGCAGAAAGAACUGAGAGAGAACCAUGAUAUUGCCAAAACUGUCGAGCACUUCUGGGCGCAACAAGAAAGCCGAGUGGGCUCUGCAAUGACAGAUCUUCCAGAAAGCCCCCAGCCUGGCAACUCCGAUGUGUCCAUCCAGGUAGUCUCCCCCACCCCCCAGAGCACUGUGGUCCACACCCCCACCACCCAGAUGACCCCUGAGGGCGCAAUACAUAUCCCCCACAGAAGAGGUUAUAGCAUUUCCAUUCAAGCCAGGAACUGAGGCCGGAGUGAAAGGUGACUCCAUGUGCAGAGCAGUACUUUCUAUCCUGUUUUACAGAAAAGGAAAUUACCCUGUCAAGGAAACGGAGAAUAAAAAAAAGCAUGUUUUAAAACAUCUCUGAGAUCGCUGGUGUAUAAUUAACAACUAUGUGACAGAGCAGCAAAGAGGAAUGACUAGUUUAGUCAUAACAACCCUGUUAUAUAUCUUCUGACAUUAUGGGGAUUAAAUGUAAUAUAUUAUACUGUAAUAUUUGUAAUAUUAGUUUAUGUGUUUUAUAGAUAAACUGAUGUCAGAGGAAAUAAUAUACUUCCGUCAUGUGGACUUUUGUUAAGGCAGAGAAGUGAUGUGAUGGUUUGUGGCUUGGCCUAAUGUAGAAAAAUCAUCCACUCAUUAAAAGAUACAAUAAAUUACUGUCAUAAAGAUUUGA